UCGUUCUUGCGAAGCCUACUAGUACUGGUACACUAUUGUUAAGCCAGAACAAUCAGUUCACAACGAAAUGUCAUCCGCACAGCAACGUGAUCACUUGAUCUGUAAUGCCCGCGAUUGCUUCCAGAAAAUCGAGAGCGUUGCGUGGGUAACAUGCUGUUCGCAUGUGUUCUGCGCCCAACACGGCCAAGACAUCAAAUUGCGUCAGUCGGUCUCGUCUUGUUGUCCUGCCUGUGGCACCAGGCUUCGCGAAGAGUUUGGCAUAAUGGAACGUUCCCUGCGCGAUUCGGUUCAUUCUAGAACGUUCCUAUUGUGUGGCUACAGUCCGGAAGUCGUAAUGGAAAUUGCCAGCAGCGCCAUCACAUUCUGGACCUUCCAGAAGCAGCAGAUGUGUGUCAACUUGGAACAAAAAGUGCAAUAUUACAAAGAGACCGUCAGCAAACUGAAGCAAGACAUGGCGCUGGUCAAAAGUGAUGCCGAGGUGAAGAUUCAUCGAUUGGAGCAACAAUUGGAGAAUACUCUGGUAAAGGAUAGGGCAUUGAACGAAACUCCCCGAGUCAGAGAAACCCGCGGUGAACACUAUAGGCAAGCAGAGCAGCAUGCAAGGAAGCGUAAGAUGGAUGAUUUUCUGCUUUAGUAACAAGCCAUCACCAAUAGCUACAAAUCUCCCGGCGGCUCGAUAGUAG